AUGACAGAAUGUCAUCCUGGGAUUUUAACAUUUUCAGAUAUCAAGGAACACUGUGUCAGCCAUCAGCAGCAAGGUUACAAAUACUGGCACAAUCCAAAUCGGCUGUGGAGAAAGAGCCGCUCAUCACAUGGUAACAGCAAGUGCAUCGGUACUGACAUGAACAGGAAUUUCGAUGCGCACUGGUGUGGGAAAGGAGCAUCUCCCAACGAGUGUCGGGAGACAUACUGUGGACCCUACCCAGAGUCUGAACCUGAAGUGAAAGCAGUGGCUCGCUUUAUCAGAGAUCACAAAGACAUCAUUAAAGCUUACAUAACCAUGCACUCAUACUCCCAGUUGGUAUUGUUUCCAUAUUCUUACACUAUGGACAGAAGCAAAGACCAUGAUGAGCUGGAAAGUCUGGCAAAGAAAGCAGCUAAAGCUAUAAAGAGGACAACAAAGAAAACUUAUAGACUCGGACCUGGUGCACAGACAAUUUAUUUAGCUCCUGGAGGGUCAGAUGACUGGGCUUAUGAUCUUGGCAUUAAAUAUUCUUUUACCAUUGAGCUUCGGGACACAGGAACUUACGGAUUUCUGCUUCCUCCUCAAGAAAUUAAACCAACUUGCUUAGAAGCACUUUCUGCUGUCAAAGAGAUAGCUCAACAUGUUCUCCAAAAUUCAUGA